AUGUACAACAACGAACUGCUGGCGAUGCCCAUGUGCAACUGCCAAAGGCCUUGCACUAACUGCGGAAGGGGUUCCACGUGCCAGAAUCAACACCCGAGGGAAGGAGAGAUCCUGCAAGGCGAGGAAAACGGCGCCGGAGACACGCAGCCAGCUGGAGGGAGCGCGGCGCCACCAGCAGCGCAGGAAAGGGAACUCCCGCCACGCGAAUCCUGGCGAACCACAACCCUUGAUGAACUUCAUGAACCAACACAAUAUACAGCAAGACAAGUUACCCUUUUCCCCCCCAGUAAUAUUUUUGAAAUUCCAAAGUGCAACGCGGCCAAAGAAUUCACAAAGGGAAACACCUUUCCACUUGGAGAUUUUUAUUCCCGAAUCCCUCCUCCGACCAACUCCUCUGGAAGUGCCACUCUCCCUCAUCUGACGUGCCGACGAGUCCCUAGGACCUGGAAGCCACUGAUAAUCGCCAGCGCAUCGAGGGGGACAACGACAGCAGCGGCGCCAGCGAGAGACAACCGAGUCCCUGUUGCAACGUCGCCAGCGGCUCGGCGAGAUAAGCGGCACCUCACCCCCACCUCAGCGUCACUGCACACAGCGUCACCUCACCCGCCCCUCAGCGUCACUGCACCGUCACCUCAGCGUCACUCACGUCACCUCAGUCACCGUCAGCUCACUGCACCGUCACCUCAGCGUCACUGCACCGUCACCUCAGCGUCACUGCACCGUCACCUCACCCGCCACCUCAGCGUCACUGCACCGUCACCUCACGCCACUCACCGUCACCUCACCCGCCACCUCAGCGUCACUGCACCGUCACCUCACCCCCACCUCAGCCGUCACUGCACCGUCACCUCCCGCCACCUCAGCGUCACUGCACCGUCACCUUACCAGCCACCUCAGCGUCACCGCACCGUCACCUCAAUGUCACCUCAGCGUCACAGCACCGUCACCUUACCAGCCACCUCAGCGUCACCUCACCCGCCACCUCACGUCACUGCACCGUCACCUUACCAGCCACCUCAGCGUCACCGCACCGUCACCGCAAUGUCACCUCAGCGUCACUGCACCGUCACCUCACCCGCCACCUCAGCGUCACUGCACCGUCACCUCACCCGCCACCUCAGCGUCACUGCAUCGUCACCUCACCCGCCCCCUCAGCGUCACCGUACCGUCACAGAGCGGCAGCGAGCGGUUCACGGCCUUGUCGCGGAGGCACCAAGCGGUCGCUCCCCGCCCACCCGCCUCUGGCACUCGGCGGGAGGAAGCCAAGAGGACGAUAGAUAA